GCAAAUGUUGUCGAUAGCAACUAGUGCUUGUGGAAACUCGGAAUUAUUAGCAUAUAUCUGAAAUUUUGAAUUCUUAGAACAAGGUUUGUUUUGAUUGUUGCUCCAAUAUUUGUAUAAUGUUUUGAUGUGAACAAUAAAAUGGCUAUUGCUAGACCGGAUGAGGUCUACCACUUUGCAAAUAAUCUGCCGUUAGAAGUUUCCUACAUAAAUACUCAAACCUACUCCAAAUGUAGUUCUUACGACAUCAAACUUAUUGCGCAAGGAUAUGUUUGGCAUCAAAUAGUGAUUCAGCACAAUGGGAAAUUUCGUGGACGGGAUGGCAUGUCAGAAAUCUUAGAAGCUAUUUUUGAAACGGUUGAGGGAGAAGAACUUUUCCCUAUAGCAUAUCGGCGUGGUGCAAAAGAAGAUCGUUUCCUCGUGCGACAGUGUAAAGCGGCUAUUAAUAAACUGUUUGAAAAUAAUCUUCGUAUCCAGCUUUCUGAUGCUUCUUUUGUACAGCUUCAAGUUAAAUUUAAUGUAGGUGAUUUUAAGUUUGGUCAAAUAUCACCACAUGCUAAGCUUACUGAAGCACUUAACCGACUCUAUACUUGCAUGGAACGCAUAAAUGGCGUUGAUGGUAUAUUGAAUUUAUGCCGAUUUAAUACUCAUCCAGAAUUUUUUGACUUAUAUGUUAAUUUGGGUAAUCGUGCUGUGCUUGAGGCUAUUUGCAAUUUAAUCUAUCGCAAUGAUGAGAAAUUUCGCUUAGUGAAUGGGCUAAUCCUAAGCGAUAAUGGUAUCACCACUGUAGCACCUUUGACAGUUUUUGCUGGUGUUGAAUUUGUAGUUUUGGAUUUAAGAAAAAACAAGAUUAUUUCGUCAUCUCGAAUAAGCCGCGAUUUAAGCGAAGUGAAAGCAGAUGAAUUAUUUCUAGCUGGUAAUCCGAUCACGAAUGACAGGAACUAUCCCGAGUGCCUACGACCUAUACAAAAAAAUUUUAAGUUAAUAGAUGGAAUACCGGUUGAGAAUUUGUCGAAAGACUAUUCGCCUUUGGACUGCGAAGAAGACAUAAAUACGGACGGAUAUCGAAUAGAUCAGAAUAAUAAGAACGAUAUUAAUUUAUUCCAAAACAGUAAUGAUUGGCAUGCUAUAGUGAUACCUGAUUCGGGACCAGAAUUUACCAAACAUGAAAUUUUGGACUAUUUUUUUAUCACUGUUUCACAAAAAUUAACUGAUAUAUAUCCAUGUUAUUAUAAGUUUUCAUCUGGUGAACAUCAGUUUCUUUUGCGACAAUGCUUUGAUCAGCUGAAAUACUUAGUUGACGUUUGUAAAAUGGAAAUAAAUGUUCCACGCUUGGCUUCCACUUCUGAUAAACAUGCAGCGCUUUCUGAAAUUCAAAUAGAUAAGAUUGUUAAGUACUAUAUGCUUAUGAAUAUUAGACCGUACAAACGAGGACAAAUAGAACCCAUGGAAUGUAUUGAUAAAGCCCUCACUCGUCGUUACAAUGGAAUAAAUAGCCUGCUUAAUUUGGAUAAUUUUCAAAGUGUAGAAGGUUUGGAAAAUAUUGUUAUUAAUUUAAGCUCGCCUAAAAUUUUGACACGAGUUCUUAUGCAAGCAUCUCGUAAACUUCUUUGUAGUUGUGUGGAACUGCGUUUGGCACACAAUAAAAUCACAAAUGUGUCAAAUGUGUCAAAAGUUUUAAAUAUAAUGAGCAACUUAAAUGCUAUAGAUUUAGGCAACAAUUGGAUCUUAGAUUUAGAAGACGUUAAAGAGCUUUCUGCGCUUGGAUUGAAAUCUUUACGCUUGGACGGUAACCCUUUGUGCAGUCAAUAUUCGUACGCUGGUGAAUAUAUAAAAGCUGUUAGAAGACAUUUUCCGGAGCUCACAAAAUUGGACAACAUUGAAAUAAAGAAUAAAGGUAUUAUAAACGUCCAGAAGAACUUUUUGUGCGAUGUUAGAGGGUACGAUUUUGUUAAUGAAUUUGUACCACGGUUUUUCAAGUGUUUUGAUUCACACGAUCGUCAAAGUUUGAAGGAAUUAUAUCAUCAGAGCGCAAUUUUCACUCUUUCAUUUAAUUAUAUCGUUGCUCAAAUGACUUCGCAAAAUUUUAAGCGCAUAUCUAAAUAUCGUGAAAAUAGCAGAAACAUAUUGAAACUUUCUGAUCUUUCUCGAGCACACACAAGUAUACAUCUAGGUGCUGAUCAAAUCAUGCAAGUUUUCUUCCAACUACCUAGCAUGAGACAUGACAUGUUGACCUUCAGUACUGAUACAAUGAUGUACAAUGAAAACAUGAUAGUAAUAACAAUCAAUGGUGUAUUUUAUGAUCAAGCUCCAAGUAUAGUGGACAACGACAUCUUGAUGUCAUUUACUCGAACAUUUGUGCUUAUACCGGUGGAGACCAAGCUUGGUAUACUGACCAGGGCUAUCAAGUAUCAAAUUGUCAAUGAACAAUUAAGUAUAUAUAAUCCCACAGCUCAACAGAUCAAAAAUGCAUUCAAAUAUUUUAAGACUGAAUGCCAAGACGACUGCGAUGAAGCGACAAUAUCAGAUAAGGAGGCUUUAAUAAUAAUGUUCCAAGAAGUUACAAACCUUAAAUCAGUGUGGUGUACACGCUUUUUGGAUGAUGCAAAAUGGAAUUUUAAAAAGUCUCUGUUACUUUUCUUAGAUUUUUGUAACAAAAAAAAAAUACCAGACACUGCAUUUAAUUAAGUUUCAAUUUUCCUAAUAAUUUCAUACAAUAUUGUAAAAUUUAAAGAAUUCUGUGUAACAAUUUAAAAUGAAUAUUAAUAUAUAAUAUAUUAAUUAUUUAA